UGAUUCCUGUCGUGAACGCCCCUUCAUGUGCAGUAAAAUGUGUCGAACUAACCGCUAUGCUCAUUUGCAAAGAUAAGAUUUCUCGUGGAUCCUUGUCAAAGUUUAAUUAAAAGAUAAAAGCGCGGAGGCGGGGCUUUUAGAGACGUUGCGCAGGCUACGUAAACGGCGAGUCAACAUGUCGGGAAGCGUUGUUAUAAGAGUUUUAUCUUAUCUAAGCAGAACAUCACAAUUUCUACAACCGAAUAAGACGAACUGUGUGAAUAUAAGACGACCAUUCACUGCCAAACAGCAAGGUGAAAGUCAAAUCAGACCACUAGAUGGCGUUAAAGUCUUAGAUCUGACAAGGGUUCUUGCUGGACCUUUUGCUACUAUGAUAUUAGGAGAUUUGGGAGCGGAGGUGAUCAAAGUUGAGCGACCAGGCUCAGGAGACGACACAAGAGCAUGGGGCCCUCCGUUUGUGGGUGAAGAGAGUGCUUACUUUCUGAGUGUGAACAGGAACAAAAAGAGCAUUGCUGUUAAUCUUAAAGAUCCAAAGGGGACCAAACUUAUAACUGAGCUUGCCAAAGUCUGUGAUGUUCUGGUGGAGAAUUAUUUGCCCGGGAAGCUGAAUGAAAUGGGACUUGGGUAUGAGGAGCUGAGUAAAGUGGCCCCUCAGCUCAUCUACUGCUCUAUAACAGGAUAUGGACAGACGGGCCCAGAAUCACACAAGCCUGGUUAUGACUCCAUUGCGUCUGCGGUGUCUGGUAUGAUGCACAUCACUGGUCCUGAGGAUGGAGACCCAGUCAGACCAGGUGUCGCUAUGACGGAUCUGGCCACUGGUUUAUACACUCAGGGAGCCGUAAUGGCUGCUUUGCUUCAGCGACAGAAAACAGGACGAGGUCUUCAUAUAGACUGCAAUCUUCUGUCUUCACAGGUUGCCUGUCUAACUCACAUCGCUGCCAACUAUCUCAAUGCUGGUAUUGAAGCCAGUCGAUGGGGAACUGCCCACGGGAGCAUUGUCCCUUAUCAGGGUUUCAAGACCAAAGAUGGAUAUUUGGUUGUAGCAGCGGGAAAUGAUCAGCAAUUUAUGAAAGUGUGCAAAGUUCUGAGCAUGAAUGGCCUGGCAGAAAGCCCGAAGUACAAAAGCAACAAGUUAAGAGUACAGCACCGCAAAGAGCUGCUGCAGAUUCUGUCCGAGAGGUUCAUGCAGGAGACCACUGGUGAGUGGUUGGGGCGGUUCGAAGGCACCGGUGUUCCCUGCGGCCCUAUCAACAAUAUUCAGCAGGUGUUCACCAACCCUCAGGUUGUUCACAAUGGCCUAAUUUUGGAAAUGGACCACCCAACAUCAGGAAGAAUAACAGUGCCAGGCCCCGCUGUGCGCUUCAGUAGUUUUGAGUGCAGCAAUCCGAUGCCGCCGCCUGUGAUCGGCCAGCACACGGUCCAGGUUCUCAGAGACACGCUGGGCUACAGCGACGAUGCCAUAAACCAACUGCUAGCCUCACAGACCGUCACUCAGAACAAGGUGCAGUGACUGAGAGAACAGUCCAGAAUGGAACGGCCAGCAGACGGGAAAGGAAAAAUACUGCCUUCCUUGUCGGCUCAGUGAUGAUAAUGUUGUGAUUAAACUGAUGAAUGUCCAUCAGAGGGGAAACUCUGAAUGUAAAAAUAAUGAUAUCAUAACACAUUCAGUUCACACGCAGAAUGAAUGUUCACUGCUGAAUGAUUUCAGUCUUCAAAAAUACUUUAUUCACAUCCAGAAUUACAUCCGUACUGCCUGUUUCAUAAUUCACCCAAGAAUGAAAAGGAAAACAAAUUGUGUAAUAUUAUUGCAUAAAUGUGUUUAAAAGAGGCCUAUUUUUAGGACCAUUAAAAUUACAUUUUGCAUUAUGACAUCAUUUUGAUCUCAUCAGCACCAUCCACUUCUCAGCAGUAUAAUAAUAAUACUGUUUUUGCACGAUUGUAAGCAUAUAUCAUGGUAGGAAUUUUCUGUAAUAAUUACUUAGUAAUCAUUUUAUAUCAUUUCAACUAUUUAGCAAAAUCAAUGGAAAGAGCUAUAGUAAUAAUUAAAAAAUAAUAAUAAUAAUAAUAAAAUUGAGGUGAUUUUAUGAAACAGCUCAUUUUCCAGUGUAAUAAGGCGAUUUUAAAUUAAAAUUUUAAACAUUCUAUAAUAAAAUACAGCUCAUUGAAAAACAUUUCAAAACAUGAGGUUAAGUUAUUAAAACAUCCAAAAUUCAUAGCAUCAUGUAAAAUUUGGCAUCAGCUCUUUACUGUUGUUAUAAAUAUUAUUUCAUGCCUACAAGUAUACGGGAUACAAAUGACACUCCUUUUAUUUAGAAUGUUCAAAACUGUACAUUUCAUAAUAAAUAUGAUGGGCUAUUUAUAUUUAAAAAUAUCCGAUUCUUCACUGUAAAAGACAAUUUGUUGGGUCAACUUAAAAUCAUUUGUUACCUGGCUGCCUUUAAAAUUUUAAGUUCAGUCAACUCCAAAAAGUUUAGUUAAUUUGAAAUGUUUAAAAAAAGUUGUACUAAAUGACAACUUAUAUAUUUGAGUUGAUUCAACUUAAAAUUUUAAGGCAGCUGGGUAACAAGCCCAGCUUUUAAGUUUAACAAACCAAAUUUUUAGUUUAGUCAACUCAAAUAUCUAAGUUGUGACUUAGUACAACUUAACAUCUCAAGUUGACUUAUUUGAGUUCACUGAACUUAAAAUGUUAAGGCAGCAGGGUAACAAAUUAUUUUAAGUUGACUCAACAAAUUGUUUUUUUUUUUGUUUGAUUUUGUUUGAUUUUUACAGUGUUGUGAACAACAAACAACGCAACGAACAAAUUCUUGUGACUCUACAAACAUCUUAGGUUUGUUUCUGUAACUCAGCAUAUGACAUACAGACAGUAUUUUCCUUGUUCAAUGAAAUCUAAAAUAAAAAAA